AUGUUGAGGCUGUGCCGGCUCGCGGGGUUGGCCUCUGCGCUGGCCGCGUCGGAGGGGGAGACGGCGUGGAGCGUCGAGGCCAACAACGCGCUCGCCGAGGCGGAUAGGCUGCAGCAGCAGAAGCGAUGGGCGGAUGCGAUCACGUACUACAAGCGCGUGCUCGCCGUCUCUCCAAACCCGCCAAACUUCCAAAAGUACAUUGUGCUCAACAACCUCGGAUGGUCGAUGUACCACACGGACCGCUGGGCUGAGGCGGAGCACUACUACCACCUCGCCCUCGCCGCCGUGCCCAAUAAGCCGCCGACGGACCACGCGCACAUCAACCUGGCGACGCUCUACACAAAGACGCACCGGCCGGCGGAGGCGGUGGCGUCGUACCGGGCGGCGCUGAGCAUGACGGCAUCGCAGCGGGUCCAGACGCAGCUCGGCCGCGUCCUCAUCCGCAACUUCCAGGUCGGCGAGGCCGUCGAGACGCUCAAGGAGGCGCUGUCGGCCUGGGGCUCCGACGGCCCCGCGGCGCAGGAAGCGCACCGCGAGCUCGGGACCGCGUACGCCGCCCGGCGCAACUGGGGCCGCGCGUCGCACCACCUCAUCCGCGCGGUCGACCUCGGCCUGCCCACAAACUCGACGGGCUGCGCCGCGGCGCGCUGGUCGGUGGUGGAGGGGUGGGGAGGCGUGCACCCUUUCGGCAACUCGCCGGCGCUUUCCGGAAACACGGCGGGCGGAGAGCCGCAGGUCUCGGCGCUCACCAUCACAUACGCGCAUGCGCGGCGCGCCCUCGCCGCCCUCGAGGGCCCUCCGCCUUCGCGCGGCCCCGCGGCCGAGCCGCUGAGAGGGCGGUUCGUCGACCCGCUCUCUGGGGUUGCGUAUGACGAGGCGGCCUCGGAGCCCUUCCGGCUGGUGAUGCUGCGGGAGGUGGCGCUGGCGGGACGGAGACCCACCGCACUCUACCUGCGCAGGCCGGCGUGCCUCUUCUUCACCGGCGAGCACGCCGGCGGCGAGCACACGGCGUCCGGCUUCCUGCCGUCCUCCUUCGGCGCGAAGGACGCGGACAACGCUCUCGACUCGGAGAGCACGCGCGGCGAGAAGUGGCUCGAGGGCGACGCUCUCGCAAAGGGGCGCGACACCUUCGCCGUGAUGGACGUGCGGUCGGGCGGUGCGGACGGGUGGCAGCUGCGCGUCGAGCUUGCGUCCAAGCUGCUGCUGCUGCUGCUCUCUCUCGACACGGCGCCGUGUCGACACGGAGUGGAGCCGCCCGAGGGGGCGGAGCAGGCGGAGGAGCGGCGCAGUGGCUCGGAGCGGCUGUCUAGUGCGCUGUCCUCCGUCGACUUUUCUCGCGCGAGGCUGCUCGUCCCCUCGCAGCUGCUCCCGACCGUCGAGGCGCUCCGCUCCUCGCGGCUGCCUCGCGGCUCCCCCCGCGCGGCUCGCCUGCUCGCCGAGGAGUCGCUGCUGGUGUGGAACGGGUCCGCCCCCGCUCCUCGGCACAUCUUCGAGCGGCUGCUCCUCCUCGACUGGCGACCGCCCUACGCCGGCGCCGAGAAGCGCGGCCGCGCGCUGCCGCUGCACCGCACGCGCCAGCGCUGGCGCGCGGCCCUCUGGAUGCAGCUCGGCGGCGAGCAGGAGCUGCAGUCGCUCCUCGCCAGCCGGUUCGGCGUCCGCCGCGUCGCGGUGUACGACGCCGAGCAGGGCGAGACGCUGCAGAAGACGGCGCAGUCGUUCCGCGCCGCGGACGUCCUCAUCGGCAGCCGCGCCUCGGGCCUCGCAAACAUGGUCUUCGCCACGCAGGGAUCGCUCGUCUAG